GCCAGGGCAUUUUCGGCGUUCAAAAGUAACGCCCGGAAGACUUCCACCUUAUUCCUUUCCUUCGGUGCUCCGAGGAGGGAUACCGUCAGCCCUCCCGCAGGCAGCGCCUCGUGAGGUCAGAGAUCGUCGUCUUCCUCCGUCGCUCUGCCUCUGCUUAGGGUUUCUCUAGCUCGCGGAGGCCGUCCCGUGGCCGGAGAAGAGACGCUAUGCCGACGCCUUCGCCGCGGGCUGGGAAGAACUCGGCGUCGAAGCGGUCUUCCCACCAGCGGAGGGACCCUUACGACGUCCUCGGCGUGCCACGGAGCGCCUCCGAUCAAGAGAUUAAGACGGCCUACAGGAAAAUGGCCCUAAAGUACCAUCCAGACAAAAAUGCCAAUGACCCUGAAGCUGCUGAUAUGUUCAAGGAAAUUACUUUCUCUUAUACCAUCUUGUCAGAUCCUGACAAACGUCGGCAGUAUGAUGCUGCUGGGUUUGAGGCUAUUGAAUCAGACAAUCAAGAACUGGAGCUCGAUCUUUCAAGUCUUGGAACAUUAAACACAAUGUUUGCUGCCAUUUUCAGCAAACUUGGCGUCCCCAUUAAAACAGCUGUAUCAGCAACAGUUUUGGAGGAGGCAUUAAAUGGCACAAUAACUGUCAGACCACUCCUCCUGGGGCAGCCGCUGGUUAAAAAGGUUGAGAAACAAUGCGCACACUUUUACUCUGUAACAAUAACAGAAGCAGAAGCAGAGGCAGGGUUUGUAUGCAGAGUGCACUCAUCAGAUAGAAGCAAAUUCAAGCUUUUAUACUUUGAGCUGGAAGAGAAUGGUGGACUUAGCCUCGCUUUGCAGGAGGACAGUUCAAGGACAGGGAAGGUUACCUCAGCAGGGAUGUACUUCCUCCGAUUUCCUGUUUAUAGAUUAGAUCGUGCAGCAAAUGCGAUGACUUUGGCUAAAGAUCCAGAUGCUGCCUUCUUUAAGAAGCUGGAUGGAUUUCAGCCAUGUGAGAUAACUGAGCUGAAGGCUGGCAGACAUGUUUUUGCGGUUUAUGGUGACAACUUUUUUAAAAGUGCAACCUACUGCAUAGAAGCCGUAUGUGCUGCUCCCUUUUCUGAAGAAAAAGAGCAACUUAAGGAUGUUGAGGCGCAAAUUUUGUCCAAAAGAAUGGAGCUAUCUAAGUUUGAGACAGAAUAUAGGGAGGUCUUGGCUCAAUUCACAGAGAUGACGAGUAGAUAUGCACAGGAAAUGAAGAGUAUAGAUGAGCUUCUCAAACAACGAGAUAUGAUUCAUGCCUCUUACUCAUCCAUCUCACCAACCCCAGGGCGGACCCCAAGUAGCGGUGGCAAGCGCAGGGCUUCCCGCAAGGAAUUUAAAGGGGAAGAAGGCUGUCAUUCGAGGCAGACUAAACCCACGGCAAGAGAAAGGUCAAGGAGAAAGAAGUGGUUCAACAUCCACGUGAAAGUGGACAAGAGGAAGCCCUGUUGAGUGCGGGUUUUGCCCGUUUCAUAUUGCCCAGUACCUGACCUAGGUUGUGCAACGCUGUUGAAGUCCGAAGAGCGCGCUAUAUUUCCUUACAGUAUAUAUUUCUUGGGGAGAGCUUUCAAGCAGAGGGGCGUUUGGUGUAUAUUCAAGUCGCCCAUAUCUCUUAGUUUCAUUACGAAGGAUGAGAAGCUGCUGCGCAAAGCCCAACCAAUGCUGGUUGGCAGAUGGAGCAUCCUUGUGAGGUUCUGUAAGAAUGGUUCGGGAGGGCCACUGUGGUGAGAUCUUUGUAGAAGUUUCCCAAUGUUGUUUCCAGAGAAGUCAAAAUGCUUCUAAACAAAUGUCCCACUUGCAUGUACUUGUUGCUAAAAAUUUUGAGCAGCAAUUUAAUUCCUUUUCCUUAUAUGUAUUUGGUGCUUUUUUUUAAGAAAGAAGCUGCCUAAAUCUACCUUCAACACUUCUGUCAGAUAUUAGGUGCGUUAAUUUUUUAUUCAUUUUA